AUGUCUCGCAUUCCAGACUCCGACAUCGUCGACCCCUCCGAACCCCUCCGUCUCCCCACCAUCACCCUCGACACCACCAUCUCCGAUCUUUACCGUCUCGCAAACCCUUCCUCGCCCGACCGCCGCAUCGCGUGGCUCGCUUGUGGCACAUCCAGCGGCGUGAACCUAACCCCUUCCGUCCCGCGCAACGUGAAAUACUCAUACCAAGAUCAGGCUUUCAUCAGCGCUCCUUGGAAAGAUCUGCUCUCUCCGAGUGCGGCAUUUCAAAGGACUCUGGCAAAGAAGCAUUUAACGCUGGUCGCGCAGCGGGAUGCAUUCAUCGCCGGGAAAGCGCUGAUGGUACAGUUCCAUAUCGGCCGGGACGAGGAAGAAAAGAAAUGGGAUGUCCUCGAAGCAGAGAGGACACUAAGCGUACUGAACGAGACCCAACGGCCGGAGAUGGUGUUUUGCACCGGCCCCGGAGACCUCCCUGAGAAGGUGAAAGAGAAGGGCAUUGAGCAGGUCGAGUACAAGAUUGUCUUUGAUGACCUGGAGAGGGCCAUCCCCCGGUCGCAUUCCCUGGAGACGCACUGGAUGCUGAAUAGCAAGGCUGCGCUGGCCAGGUCGGGGCUGCCGACGCCCAAGGCGGAGGUAAUUGAGCCGGAGCCUGGGUGGCCGGGGGUAGAGCCGGGGGACUGUUGUGCUGUGUGUGGGGAGAUUGCGGAGCAGACGAAUCUGCCGUUCAUACCGCCUGGUUGUUCGGGGCCGAGGGGAGAGUGGCUCGCGCAGCAGACGGAGAGGAUUAUUGCUGCCGUGCGGGCAAGGGAAGUGCCGUUUGUGUUUAAGACGCAGCAGUGCUGGGGUGGCGCUGGGACGUGGCUUGUGCCGGAUGAGGAGGCGAAACGAAGGUUGUUGGGUGAUUUAGAAGAUACACCGGGGUUGAAUGAGGGUGAUGGGUUGUUGAGGAAGCUGCUGUCGCUACAGACGAGGGAGAACGAGCAUAUGGCGCCUGGCGCGAUAUUGUUGAUGGAGAUGAUUACUGCACCCAAGGCAGAUUACGGGCUUACCUUUGUCGUGACGGAGACGGGGGAAGCGGUCUUCCUCGCUGCGGCAGAACAAAUGAUUGCGAGAAGCACUCCAGGAAACUCGCCCAGCUCGACAGAAUCCUCCACUCCAAGUCUUUCAGCCUCCCUAAGCGACGAUGGCAACAGCUCCAGUAGCAGCAGCACCAGCAACGAGAGCAACACCCUAAGCCACGGCACGAAUACCACCAAGACCAGCACCACCUCCGGCGUCUCCUGGGUCGGCAGCACAAUCCAUUACACACGGCAAUCUAUCCUGCAAGAGCGGUUCAUGCCCCUAAUGUCUCGCAUCGCGCGAUGGAUUCAUAACGCCAGCAACUGUACUUACACAGGCCCUGUUGGUGCUGAUGUCCUCGAACUUGACCCCGAUGAUGACCCGCAAGGCAGGACCUGCGUCAUCGUCGACUUGAAUGUCCGUACCUGUGGGAGUAUGUGUCUCCCCUUACUCAGGACACACUUCGUCAGGAGGGGGAUGAACUGUGCGGCGGGCUUUUCCAUGCGAGUGUGUGGGCUCAGGAGGGUGGAUUUCUUCAGGAGAUGGAGAACGAUGCUGGAGGAAGGGAGGAUGAUAAUUUUGAGCUGGUUUGAAGAGAGGUUGGAGGAAGGCGAGAUGGAGAGUCUGGUGGAUGUUGUGAUUGGAGCAGAGGAUGAGGAGGGAUUGAGGGAGGUGAUGAGGAUGGUUCGGGGCGGGACGGAGGAGGUGGCGUUUUGA